AUGGAAAUGGAUUGGAGCUUGUGCUUUUAUAAGAUCUGUUUGCUCUUGCUCCCGGUGUUGGCGUUGGUGCUCUCGAAUGGAGUCUGCUCUCAUGCACAAGUGAAGGUCUUCGACGUGAGGAGCGUCGGUGCCGCUGCUGACUGGAAGACGGAUGAUAGUAAGGCAAAGAAUCGGGAAAACACCUCGCCCAGUUCAUCAAUCAUUGUUAUCAUUUCUCAGCCAGGGCAAACGCAAAGAAUAGUUGGAAUUGGGGCAUUUCUCGGUGCGUGGAACCAAGCGUGUCAAUAUAAAGCUGGAGUUAAGAGGAGAUUGUUCGUCCCACAAGGGACGACCAUGGUUUGGCCUGUGGUGUUCAAGGGGCCAUGCAACGGUCCCAUCGAGUUCAAGGUCAAAGGGGUGGUCAAAGCACCCGUUGACAAGUCAACGUUCUCGUUGGACCAUUGGAUCACCUUCAAUUCCAGUACAUCAAUGGAGCAGCAGUACGUCCGAUGGCCAGGGGCCUCAUUGAGAUUCAAUUUCGUCAACAACACAGUGAUCUGCUCGAUUAGUUCUGUCAACAGCAAGAACUUCCACUUUAACCACUUCAAGUGUGACGAUUUCGAGUUUCAUCGCGUCUGGAUAAUCGCCCCCGACAAGAGCCCCCACAGGACGAACAGGACGGGAUCCACAUGGGCGACUCAUCCUGCAUCAGGAUCACCGACUCUGUGA